GCAAACCUCGCCAGACUACAAGCCGCCGCCACUAAGGAGUAUGCACUCAAGAACUAUGCCGCCGCCUCGGACUUCUACUCGCAAGCCUCGGAGCUACAGGAGCUUCUGAACGGAGAAAUGUCUUUGGCCAACGCCGAUCUGCUCUACCAAUACGGCCGCUGUCUGUACCACCUCGCUGUCAGCAAGAGUGAUGUGCUCGGUAACAAGGUCGCUGGCAGUGGAGAGCCUCAGAAGAAGAAACGCAAGACAAAGUCCGCCGCUGCAACCUCCGAUGUCCUCGAAGACGGCGAGCAGAAGAUGGCUGAGGAGGUCGUCGAGGCUGUCGUAGAUGAGAAGGACCGAAGCGCUACAAAGAAGGACUCCGAGACAGCGAACAAGCCUUUCUUCCAGAUCACUGGCGAUGAGAACUGGACAGACAGCGAGGAUGAAGGUGACGAUGCAGAAGACGAUGGAGAGGAAGACGAGGAAGACGAUGACUUUGCUAUCGCAUACGAGAUCCUCGACAUCGCACGCGUCCUUCUCACCCGCAAGCUCGACACGAUACCUCAACACCUCGACGGCAAGGGCAAAGAGAAGGCUACACUAGUCGAGAACCCCGAGGCACGAACAGUCAUGGAUCGCCUAGCCGACACGCACGACCUCCAAGCCGAACUUUCCAUGGAGAACGAGAACUUCCCCGAAGCCGUCGCAGAAGGUCGCUCAGCACUCGAAUUGAAGCAGAAGCUGUAUCCCUUGGAGUCUAGCCUUCUCGCAGAAGCACACUUCAAGCUGGCGCUUGCCAUGGAAUUCGCUUCAGUCACUACAACAAAUGCAGAGGCCGUCGAACAAGGCGCUCAAAAGGAGGAAACCGUCGACGAAGACCUGCGCAAGGAAGCAGUCACACACAUGGAAUCAGCCAUCGAGUCCUGCCGCCUACGGGUCGAGAAGGAGGAAUCCGAUCUCUCGUCUCAGCCAGCCGACAAGCAAGAAGCAAAGAAGAAGGAAAUCAAGGACGUCAAGGAAAUGAUGUCCGAAAUGCAGCAGCGCCUCAUCGACCUCAAGACACCUGUGGCAGCUGCUGAGAACCCUCUUCGUGGCAUUCUAGGUGGCAUGUUGGGCGAAACUCCUACCGAUCAGAAACAGCGUAUUGCCGAAGCAACAGCAAAUGCCAAUGACCUCAGCGGUUUGGUCAAGAAGAAGAAG